GGGAGUGAGGCUGCAGCUGGGGGUUCUGCCGCUUGGGUCUCGCUUGGAAGCGCCUGGGGCAAGGAAACUUUCCGGCUUCUUCUCUUUCCUCGCUUCUUCCUUUCCUUCUUUUUAUCCUCCCUGCUGGCCCGGUGGCACGAUGACGGCGUCCCCCGACUACCUGGUGAUUCUCUUCGUGACCACGGCGGGCACCAACGGGGCAAGGUUGGGCUCAGACGAGCGAGAGCUACUCCAGCUCCUGUGGAAAGUGGUCGACCUGAGGAGUAAGGAGCUGGGGCACCUGCAUGACGUGCUGGUCCGGCCUGACCACACAGAACUGACGGCUGAGUGCCAGGAGAUCACCCAAGUGGAUGUGGAGAGCCUGGCACUGGCUCCACCGCUGGAGCAGGCACUGAGACAGUUUAAUCAGUCCGUGAGCAAUGAACUGAACAUUGGUGUAGGUACUUCUUUCUGUUUCUGUACUGAUGGACAGUUGCACAUUAGGCAGGUUCUACACCCUGAAGCUUCCAAAAAGAACAUUUUACUGCCUGAAUGCUUCUACUCCUUUUUUGACUUGCGGAAAGAGUUCAAGAAGUGUUGCCCUGGCUCACCUGAAGUUAGUAAGCUGGAUGUUGCAGCUAUGACAGAAUAUUUAAAUCUUGACAAGAACAGUCCAACAUUUCCCUAUGGAGCCUCUCAAGUUGAAGAUAUGGGGAAUAUUAUUUUAACAUUAAUAUCUGAACCAUACAAUCACCGGUUUUCAGAUCCAGAAAGGGUGAACUACAAAUUUGAAAGUGGGCCUUGCAGCAAGAUGGAACUUGUGGAUGACAAUGCUGUUAUCCGAGCAAGAGGAUUGCCAUGGCAGUCAUCUGACCAGGACAUAGCAAGAUUCUUCAAAGGUCUCAAUAUUGCCAAAGGAGGUGCUGCACUCUGUCUCAAUGCCCAGGGUAGGAGGAAUGGGGAGGCUCUUGUGAGGUUCGUAAGUGAAGAGCAUAGAGAUCUAGCACUACAAAGGCACAAGCAUCACAUGGGGAACCGAUACAUAGAGGUAUACAAGGCAACAGGUGAAGACUUCCUUAAAAUUGCAGGAGGUACUUCCAAUGAGGUUGCACAGUUCUUGUCAAAAGAAAACCAAGUGAUUGUCAGGAUGCGAGGUCUUCCUUUCAAUGUAACAACAGAAGAAGUGCUGACUUUCUUUGGCCAGCACUGCCCUGUAACAGGAGGAAAGGAGGGAGUCCUGUUUGUCACUUAUCCUGACAGCAGGCCAACAGGGGAUGCCUUUGUCUUGUUUGCUUGUGAGGAAUACGCACAAAAUGCACUGAAAAAGCACAAGGAUUUGCUGGGGAAAAGGUACAUUGAACUCUUCCGGAGCACUGCAGCGGAAGUUCAGCAGGUGCUGAACAGGUACUCUUCCACACCUCUCAUUCCUCUCCCAACACCUCCAAUUCUUCCAGUAUUACCUCAACAAUUUGUGCCUCCCACUAACAUCAGAGACUGCAUACGUUUGCGUGGUCUUCCCUAUGCUGCUACUAUAGAGGACAUUCUGGAGUUCCUGGGAGAGUUUUCUACAGAUAUUCGGACCCACGGAGUUCACAUGGUACUAAAUCACCAGGGACGUCCAUCGGGAGAUGCUUUCAUUCAGAUGAAAUCUGCAGAUCGAGCUUUUCUGGCUGCACAGAAGUGUCAUAAGAAGACUAUGAAGGACAGAUAUGUUGAAGUCUUUCAAUGUUCUGCUGAAGAGAUGAACUUUGUAUUAAUGGGGGGCACUUUAAAUCGAAAUGGCUUGUCCCCGCCACCAUGUAAGUUACCAUGCCUUUCACCCCCUGCCUAUUCCUUUCCGGCUCCUGCUGCAGUUGUGCCAACGGAAGCUGCUCUGUAUCAGCCAUCCAUGCUUCUGAACCCACGAACACUCCAGCCUUCCACAGCCUACUACCCUGCUGGGGCUCAGCUCUUCAUGAACUACACAGCAUAUUACCCCAGUAUGCAGCAGAGGAUGGAUUUUUACACACAAAUGAUGCGGCCAGGACAGUGUCCAAAGAAUGGAUUUGCAUUUAAAGGGCCCAGCAGUUAGACUUCCUUAGUGAAGGUUCCUCUACCCUUUCUGAUGUUUUGAACAAACACAGCAAGCCUAGAUGGAGAUUUUGAUUAUGUUUCAAGCUUUACUACUUCUCAAGCCAAUUGUGCUCAAGAGAAAAACCACCAGAACUCUGGAAGUGACCAGAUGGAUCUGUUACUGUUUUAAAGUUCAUGCAUGACUUUCAGACAUGCACACACAGACCACUAAGCCCUUCACCAAGAGCACAGGUGCUGAAAUUGUGCAAGUCCUUGAGGGUGUCUGCUUGAUAAAGUAUUAAGCUCCUCUUAACACAAAAAUUGUUCAGCCUGAGCCUACAAAGUCUGAUCUCUUUUGUUCUUUGAAAUAACAAAAAAGUCUUUUUUACAUAAUUUUGCACACAGUUUAAAAUUGUUCUUUUUAAUUAAAGUGUUUUACAACCUCUAAUUUUGCAUUUGACAUUUUAAUAAAUCUUUUGUCUUGUA